AAAAAAAAUUUAUCAUGAGUUCCUACGUAAUUGAUAUAAAUAAUGAAAAACAAAGAUCAUUAAUUCUUAAUAUAUGUUUUCAAAUAUUAUCUUUUCCUUAUCAAGAAGAGACAGAAUCAUUACUUUUGGGAUUUUUUGAAUUUUCUUCACAUGAUGAUGUUACUAAAUUACUUCAAAAAGUUUUUGGAGAAAAUGGUAUUAUUAUAAUGUGUCAUGUUACAAAAGCAAAUUCGAAAAUGGAAUUUUAUGUUAAUUAUGAUAAAACUCUAUUAGAAAGAAUUAUGCCAAUUAUUAAAGAUUGGUAUAAACCUUUUGUUAAUGAAUUACAAAAUCAACAUAAUGUGAAAGUAAAAGAAUGGAAGGAAAAUUAUGAUAUUGAUCAUUCUGAAGAUAUUUUAAGAAAUAGAAUAAUUGAUAAUAUUAAUGAUUUAUUACCUGGAUUUAAUUAUUUUGUCGAUUUUAAAUGGAGUUAUAAUGAUGAUAAUGAUAAUAAUUAUAGCGUUUGUGAGAAUGAAAUUGGUGAUUUGAUAUUUAGAUCUGAUUAUGGAGGAAUUUAUUUAGUUAUUGAAACAAAGUGGCUUAAUAAUAAUCAUGGUGAUAAGGCAAAAAAAGCUAGAAUAGAUGGUAUAAAUGAUGUUAAAGAACGUACCCUAAAAUAUAAAGAACUAGCUAAAAAGAGGUUUAAUGAUAUAGUGAUUGGUAUAUCUUAUACAAAUGAAAAGGGAAAAGAUCCUAUUCAUUUUGUUGAUAUUACUGAUGAGAAGAUUUUUAAUGCUAUUAAGUCUAAUAAGAAUAAGAAGAUUAAAAAAAAUGAAUCUUCGUUUGAUCCAGGUUUAAUGGGAUUUAUGGCAGGGACCACAAUCACUGCUGCCGGAAUGGCCGGAAUUGGAAUUUUACUCCGAAAGUAAAUAUACGGUCGUAUAAAUUAUUAAUUAAAACAUUUUAAAAUAGCCAAAUGUUAUUAGCCUAAUGAGUCUAAUGUUAUCAUUACUUAAGUUGUAGUAUGUUAGAAAACAUUAUAGAUUCUCGAUCAUCGAUAUUUUAAAUACCAUAAUUCAUAUGUGUCGGUGUGGUCGCCAUUCGUUUCUAAGUCAUGUGAUGUAUUUAAUAAAUUAACGCGAAUUCUAAUAAAAACUUUGCUUAAAA